ACGAAUGUGGACACAUAUCAUAUCACAAUUCAGUUUCAUUUCAUUUUGCUUUCUCAUAACCUUGUUGAGAUUUAUGGUUUUUUCUAUAGCUAUAGUAUUAUACUAUAACACAUGAAAUCAAUAUCAUGAAACCUUCAAUUCACAAUCAUGCAAAUGACCAAUGAUGAUAGCAUCAAUCUUGAUGGGGUGCAAUUGCAAAAGGGAUUGCCUCAUCGCUCUCAUCAUGUUGAAUUCAUGGCUAUGGCACCUUGUCGAUGGAUCAUCAUCAAAUAGGGAUUCUCUAGAUUCAUUCCUCUACGACUACGCCUUCAAGAAUAUCAAGAAACUCCGGUCGGGGGAGGUGUACUCAGUCCCCCCUCCGGCCAACUUCUCCGGCAUGGAGCUGGCUGUGGCCCGAGUCCGCACAAGCAGCCUAUGGCGCAAAGGGCUCAGCCACGGACCCUUAUCAAUCCCACCAAAGACAUUGCCAUGGCCAUUCACUAAGAGAGUUAAUGUAGUGUAUCAAAAUCUUGACAAUUGGUCUUCGCUUUACUACAAUGUGCCCCACCACACAUUUCUUGCACCAGUUUUAGGGUUUCUACCUUAUGAUUCUAGUGGGAAUGGGGCCAUUGAGAUUAGGGCUUUAGGUGAUGAGCACUUGGUGCUGGAUUUCAAGAGGUAUGAACACGUUGGUGAGGCCGCGAAGUGUGUUAGGUUCGAUAGGAAUGGGACGUUGGAGAUGAGCAACAUGACGAGGGAGGGGUGGUGCGUGGUGAGGGGGCGGGGCAACUUCUCCCUCGCCGUGCCUAAUGACGGGAAGAGGGUUUGGGAAUGGUGGAAGAUGGGGGUGGUUUUGGGGGGUUUUGGGGUGAUUUUGGUGGUUUUAGGGUUUUUGGUGUGGAAGAAGAUGAGGAGGAGGAAGAUGAAGGGAAUGGAGGAAGAAUCAGAGAGGAGUGAAGGGUUGGAGUGUGUUUGGAAUGGGAGAAGUAGAAUGCCUUUUGCUUCAGCUAUUAGAACACAGCCAGUUCUUGAAAAUAGUUAUCUUCCUUGAUUCUAUUUAUCAAUCUUGUUGAUGAAAAAUUUGUGUUCAUACAAAAUGUGAUGGUGUUUGUCUUGAAUGAUCAUGUAUCUUAUGUUAAUGUUUCAUGUAUAGUUGUUUUAC